AUGUCUGGACCUCUGCCAACAGGAACUUGCGCAACCUGUAAGAAAGAAGAGGUCAAACUCCGUCCCAAUCCCUUCAACCAGAAACUUCAAUGUUCCGAAUGUCGCGAUUCUACCAUCAUUGGAAUCACUGAGCUUCAAAAACGAUAUGGAUUGAAGCAUACCGAUCUUGAAGGCUUGACCAUGACUACCGAGCCCCAACCUGCUUUCCGAGGUGGACCGGAUAGAAAAUGGUAUUCGAUCAAGGAUGUGGAGAAACGUGUCAAGGUCGUUGAGAAAGAAAGAGCCAAAGAAAAAAAGGAGAAAGAGAAGAAGGCCGCGGAAAAGCAGAAGGCUAAAGAGGAGAAAGAAGAAGAGAAGAAAAGAGCGAGGGAAGAAAAGGAGGAGAAGAAGCGGUUCAAGGCUGAGGAGAAGGAAGCAGCUGCAAAGCAAAAGGCGAAGCCUAAGAAGGAAGUCAAACGAAAACAUGAGGGGGAUGAGGAUGAAGAAGUCCCUGCAUCACCCAAGAAACGUGGACGACCAUCCAAAACUGGGCAAACACCUACCAAGUCUGCAACCACACCCAAGAAAGGCCAGGAUACCGACUCAGAACCAACUUCAGAUAUCGAAAUCGUUUCACCCCAGAAGCGUAAACGUCCUUCAAAGGCAAGUGUAGCUUCGGAGGGAGGCUCCGCAGCUGCAUCUGCCAACAUGGGUAAACAAAGGAAGAGUGUGGCCAAAGGUGCGGAGGGUCCAGCAUCCCCAAUUCGAAAGCUCUCGAGACCUUCCAAAGCAACAGAUUCUCUUGGCGUCAAUGAGCCUAGGAAGAGCAUUACUGUCGGUGGGGUCGUCAAGAACCUUGAUCGGAGAGCGUCUCUGAAUCCACUUCCCUCUGACUAA